AUGAAAUUAAAGGAAAUCCCUCGCACUGCAACAUUUGCAUGGAGUCCGGGGCAGCAUUUGCCAAUAAUUGCCACUGGUACUGUAGCGGGGGCACUUGAUGCUUCGUUCUCAAGUACGACAGAAUUGGAGCUUUUUCACAUUGAUAUACACAGUUCUGAUACUGCAGUGGAACUGCAACCCUCUGCUGUAGUUACUAGCAGUGCAAGAUUUGAUCGUCUUGUAUGGGGAAAUGCAAUCGACAAAGCAUAUGGUAUCAUUGCCGGCGGGUUGGAAAAUGGUGAAUUAGAUCUAUGGGAUCCAGAAAUAAUCUUGGGGGGUGGCGACGCAGAAAAAGCUUUAUUAUUACGUAACACAGCGCAUUCCGGAAACGUUCGUGGAUUGCAAUUUAAUCCCAUUCAAAAUAAUUUAUUGGCCUCGGCUGCGACGAAUGGCGAAAUAUUUAUUUGGGAUCUGGCAAAACCUGAUAAACCUUAUACCCCUGGUACAAAAUCGCCAAAAAUGGAGGAGAUCACCCACCUGGCUUGGAAUAAUCAAGUGCAACAUAUUUUGGCAACAUCUUCGACUACGGGUUAUACCUUAAUAUGGGACUUAAAAAACAAGAGGGAAGUUAUGCAUUUAUCAUAUGCAGGUGCUACUGCUUCUUUAGCAGGCGGUUAUGGUAUGGGAUCUAUGAAUAUGGCUACCGGCUUGGGUGUCGGGAGAAGGGGCAUCACCGCAGUGGCGUGGAAUCCUGAUAUGGCAACGCAAAUAAUAACUGCCUCUGAAGAUGAUAAUAACCCAGUUAUUGUAGUUUGGGAUGUUCGUAAUGCUCACGCUCCAGAAAAGGUCUUGACGGGACAUGAAAAAGGUAUUUUGUCGUUGUCAUGGUGUCAGAAAGAUGCCGACUUAUUGCUGUCAUGUGGUAAAGACAACAGAACUCUAUGCUGGAACCCGAGAACAGCUGAAAUAAUAGGCGAGAAUUCUUUUUCAAAUUGGGCUUUUGAUGUUCAAUGGUGUACUGGGAACCCGUAUUUGUUGGCAUCUGCUUCUUUAGAUGGAAAGAUUAGCGUCCAUUCUUUGCAAUCUAACCAAGAUAAAUUAGUACAAGCCAACGUGCAUGACAAUGACGAUCCUUUUGCACCAAUUGCUUCCGCACACCAACCAUCUCUCGCACUCAAACAACCUCCAAGAUGGUUAAGAAGACCUGUAGGUGUGAUGUUUGGGUUUGGUGGGAAAUUAGUUUCAUUUUGCGAUAAGGCUUCUACAGGAACUGCACCUAAAAAGCACGUUGUCGCAAUAUCCACUGUUGUGACGGAAUCGGAGGUUGUGCAACGAUCCAUUGAGCUUGAGUCAUCAGUUGAAGACAAGUCCCUCGACGUCUUCUGUGAACGUCGUGUCAAGGAGGCAGCAAACGAAUUUGAGUCAGAAAAUUGGAAAGUUCUUCACACAAUAUUCAAUGAAAAUGCAAGGGAACAGUUAGUUAAACAUCUUGGAUUUUCAAAAGAGGAUGUAGUCUCACAAAUAUCGACUGCUAUAAAAGCUAUGAAUUUAAAGGAAACCUCAAACGAAGAAUCAAAGCAGCCAGAAAUAAAUAAUAUUCACGACAUUCUGCAGCAAGAUAAUUCCACAGAGUCAGUAGGUGUAGUAUCCUUACCUUCGAGCCCUACUGAUGUUAAGUCAGAUGCGGAUCAAGGCCACGAUGAACAAUUUGCUGCCAAAUCAGAUAAUAUGGACGAAUUAUUUUCCGGUCUGACUGAUCCUAGUGGGCCCUCAGAUGCUUCUAAUUUCUUCAGUUCCGGAAACAUCCCUGAUGCAUUUCCUGUUCAAAGUGAAAAUUUCAAUAUCGGUUCAUUCCAAAUUUAUCCCGCACAAGAAUCAGAUGUUGAUAAACUCAUUACUCGAUCCAUAGUACUUGGUGAUUUUGAAUCUGCAGUUGAUUUAUGUUUAAAAGCUGAUAGAUUGUCAGAUGCAAUACUUUUGGCGGGUUGUGGCGGCCAAGAACUUUUGCAGCGAACUCGAAAAACAUACUUCGAAAGGCGAGCAUCGACCAUCCCAUAUUUACGUCUUCUUCAGAGUAUUGUUUCUGGCGAUUUAUCGGACAUUGUAUUCAAUGCAGAUUUAUCUGAGUGGCAAGAAAUUGUUGUAGUUCUUUGCACAUUCGCUCGUCCCGAAGAAUUUGGAGGAUUAUGUAAUGCACUAGGUCAGAGACUAGAGCAAGAAUAUCAUAAGUGUGUUGAUCCUACUUCGACAGAAGAAAUGAAAUCAAGAGGAUUAGAAUAUAGGAAAAAUGCUGUAUUAUGUUUCCUUGCUGCUGGUAAUUUGGAAAACGUUGCAAAAAUUUGGAUUGCUGAACAAGAAAAUGAAGAAAAACAAUAUGAAACUGUACAAAAUAAUCAGGACGGAUCUAAAUGUACAGGAUUGAGGUAUUCUUACCACGCAAAAACUCUUCAGAGUCUGAUUGAAAAAGUUACCAUAUUUCGCAAAGCGAUCGACUAUGUUGACCCAUCCGUGGUCCAAAGUUUAGAUUCAUCCGCUGGUGAAUCAAAUCAACAGUAUAAGUUGUCUGCCCUAUAUGACAAGUACACCGAUUAUGCGGAAAUUCUUGUAUCACAAGGUCACUUAACUACUGCCCUUAAAUAUUUGAAUUUAAUACCUGUAGAAUACAAGACAGCUACACUCGAUCAAAAUAAUUCUUUGGCCGUAAUCAGAGAAAGAUUAUACAACUCUGGUGUGGAUGUAGGAAGCACUAAAGCACCUUCUUUCCCGUUUUCACAAGUAUAUGUUGGUGAAGAUGGCGAAACAAAUCAAUCUAUUGUUGGCGAUGUAACUUUUCCACCACAAGUCGACCCCAACGCCACGCAGGCUGCUUACCAACAACCCGCUGCUCAACAAUAUUAUAAUCAAUAUGCCUAUAACCAGCAACCCCUUGUUCAAAAUGCGCCGUAUCAACCUCAACAGCAAAUGGCAUACAACCAAUAUGUACCUCCUUAUAACCCACCUAUACAAAAUCCCACGGGUUACUCAUAUCAACAAAACUUUACCGGCUAUAAUCAACCAUAUUCAGAAAGUAAUAAUUUAAUCCCUCAACCUCCUAUGCCUAAUGCGCUUGUUCAAAAUGAAAACGUACCGUCUGCAGAAGUUGUAGGAGCACAUAAGAAAAAUGUACCAAACUGGAAUGACCCUCCAGUUGUACCUCCUCCACAAAUGAACAGAAGGGUAGCACAAGCCCAAGUGAACAAACCAUCACCCAUUGUAUCUCCCUUUCCGACAUCCACUUCACCAACGCAGCAAAAGAUACAUCCUCCACCGCAAAAUUUCGCAGCUCCUCCACAGCCUAACAUACCCGCAGGCUUGCCACCACUCCAGGCAAAUCCUGCAGCUCCUGUAACAACAGCGUAUCAGCCAAUUCAGUCGAUGCAGCCACAAACAGGUGUAACAUCUUUAUAUCCACCUCCGCCUCCUAACCCAAAUAUUCAACAGCAACCAUCAACACAGCGACCUUCACAGCCUACUCAGUCAUAUUAUGCUCCUAAUCAAUCGACAUCAACGCCUAAUAGAGUACCUACUCCAUCAAAAACGCCAACACCCUCAAACAAACAUCCACCUGGUGACAGAACUCAUAUUCCAGCUACACAAAAACCAAUAUUUAUUAUACUCAGUAACGAAUUGUUGAGAGCCCGACAACAUUCUCCUAAUACGCAAAAAAAAUUAUUGGAUGAUACCGAAAAACGCCUUAACGUUCUGUUCGAUGCUUUAAACAAUGAAGAAAUUUCUCCAAGUGUUAUUGAAUCAUUAUUAACUCUGGUUCGAGACUUGGAAUCGCGUAACUUUCCUAAUGCCAUCAACAUUCAGGUGCAGUUAAUGACUACUAAAAUGGAAGAGUGUGGAAAAUGGAUUGUCGGAAUUAAACAAUUGAUAAAUGUUCUGAAAACCCUUCAAUAG